AGAACGUCGAAGUGCAAUGCCGCCGUCGCACAACUGUUUAUUUUUAAUCGUAUUUUUUUCAGCACGUCGCAAUAUCCGGUUGAAAUGUGAACAAUUUCGUCGGUAUGAGCGGUUGGUUUGAUGCUAAGCGGAGGCAACCAACCAAGCCAACGAGUUUUCAAUGGACGGUCGGCCUGAACGGACACUAUAAGCGGAGUCGUUAUAACAGAAUUCGUUUGUAAAACUGCGUAAACUCGCCAAAUAUUUAGUUUGUUUCAGUGUAAAAUGUCUUCAAAACGAAAGUGUUUCUCUGUUGAAGAAAAAAUGCAAAUUAUUCGGCGCUUGGAAGCCGGUGAGCGCAACGCUACUCUGGCAAAAGAGUUCGGCGUGUGCCACACAACAAUUGCCACAAUAAAAAAAAAUAAAGAAAAAAUUAAAACUUUAUUUUAUAAUAAUGUCUUAAAGCCAAAACGCGUCAGAGCGUCAAUCCAUGAUCAAGUCGAUAAAGCAUUGUUACAGUGGUUUAUAAUGCAAAGCAGUAACGGAAUCCCAUUAAGAAUUUCACUGCUUCAGGAAAAAGCUAAUUUUUUCGCAAAACAAUUUAAAAUUGAAAAUUUUAAUUGUUCUGCUAGUUGGAUAAGCCGCUUUAAGGUCAGGCAUAAUAUCGUCGCCGGUCCAGUCAGUGGAGAAUUCGUGUCUGUCCAAAAAAGCGAUGAUGACGACAUGUAUUCAGAACCUUUUCAUACCGAAGAUGAUGGGUUAAGGAUCGGGGCUGAACCAGAGGGCGAACCAGAACCAGAACUCGAUCAGGAACCGGAACCGGAAACCGUUGACCUCAAGGUGGAAAUCACACCGGACGAUUAUCAGUUGGAAAAGUCGGAUUCGCCGGGCAGAGAAAGAACUUCGGAAGAACGACGCAUCUAUUACCGUGAACCAGCCAGGAAGCGUAGACGCGAUGAGACUCCAAUUCCGGAAAGGGAUAUGGAUGACAGGGAUCGUGAACGGGAGACCGAGAUCGAGUGCGACCUAAUCGGAAAGCGGAUGGCCACCCACUUCCGGCAGAUGAAACCGGAUCAGCGGCUUUUCGCCGAACGGAUCAUCAGUGAGGUGCUUGUCUACGGCCGUAUGGACCGUCUUUCGUUUGAAGCACGCUUUGUUCCGUAGGAAAAUUUAAAUUUACUAUGCUCCGUAAACAUACAUAAAAUGAUUUCCUUCAAAAAGGUUUAUUAGUUAUUUUAAAAGUUUAAAAACAAAUCUAUAUUCUAAGCCAUAUACAUGUGUAAAUAAAAAGACCAGAAAAAUAAAAUUUUAGCCGCCUGCAUCGCAAUGCAAAAACGCUAAACCCAAA